UUGUAUCUUCCACUUUGUAUUUUAUUUUCUACUCUCUUUUUUAUAUAUAUAAAUUCACACUCCGUUUUUCAUUUGUAAAAAAUUUCGGGCUUUGCCAUUCCGUGAUGAAUCUCUGGCAGCGAGCAAUGCGCGCCGCAGGCGCCAUCCUCGCCCUAUACACUCUCCUCUGCUGCGUAACCCUCUUAGCUGCGGCGGAUCCGAGCGGCGAAGCGAAAAUGGAGCAGUUCUUUGACCAAGACGACCACACAAAUAACUGGGCAGUUCUCGUAUGCACCUCCCGGUUCUGGUUCAACUACCGGCACAUAUCCAACACACUCUCGAUGUACCGCACGGUCAAGCGCAUGGGCAUCCCGGACUCUCACAUUAUUCUAAUGCUGGCCGACGACGUCGCCUGCAACCCGCGCAAUAGCUACCCGGCGGCCGUCUACGACCACCCGCGCAAAGCCACGGAUCUCUACGGAGACAAUGUGGAGGUGGAUUAUCGCGGCUACGAAGUCACUGUGGAGAACUUUAUCCGCCUGCUGACUGGUCGGGUAUCUGUCGAUACGCCGCGGAGCAAACGACUGUUGACGGACGAUAAGUCCAAUGUGUUUAUUUAUAUGACGGGACAUGGUGGCGAGGACUUUUUGAAGUUUCAGGAUUCGGAGGAAAUCAAUAGCUACGAUAUCGCGGAUGCGUUUCAGCAGAUGUGGGAGAAGAAGAGAUACAAGGAGAUUUUGUUUGUUAUUGAUACUUGUCAGGCGAACACUAUGUUUAGCAAGUUUUACUCGCCGAAUAUCCUCAGGCGAGAAUCGUAUUCGUAUUUCCAUGAUUAUGACUUGGGUGUUUCGGUUAUUGACCGGUUCACUUAUUACAAUCUCGAGUUUUUCGAAUCCGUCGAUAUGUCUAGCAAGCGCACUAUGGCCGAUUUGGUCGGCGCUUAUAACACAACGUUGAUAUAUUCGCACCCUGGUGUUCGCACGGACUUGUACUCGCGCAAGCUCAACGAGACGUAUUUGACUGACUUUUUUGGUGCCGUGCAAAAUAUUGAGCUGACAACCGAGGCGUUCCCCAUUGGCAAACCGGAGUCACCAUAGAACCAAAUACAAAAAAACAAUAUAUCUUAAUCUUUUUUAAACUUCACACUUGUUUCCAUUUUCUUUGCUAAUCCAUAAAUGAAAUAAAACGUCUUAAUUCUGGAUGUGGCAAAUUGUGGCUGGUGUCCCAGAUACACUAAUUUAUACUUUGUGGUUAGUUUGAAAUGCAUGCAAAAAUAUCAGUGCUGCGCCUUUCACUCACCAUCAACGCUUCACAUAUAUAUUUUUCACUUUAUCACUUUUCAUUCGCUCCCUUUCCCUUCAACCAUCAUUGUUUUGC